AUAAUGAGGGGCAUGGGAGCUCCAGUGGCAGGGGGAGUACCAGAAUGGAGGGCACCUGCUGGUACUGCAAGAAGGUCGGGCAUCCUUGGUUCAAGUGCUUCAGCAGGCCGGAGGGAUGGGCACCUCCAGGCAUGAAGCCGCCAAGUGGUGAACGCGCACAAGGUGGCGCUGUGCAAGGCUCAGGUGCACAAGGUGAAGGUGCACAAGGUAACGCCUAUCCUGGGAUGUAUCUCAUGGUUGAGGAUGUGCAUGGGCAUGAGGGUGAUGUGGGAUCUGUGGGAAAGGUUGUGAUGCACCCUCUCACGCACUGGGUGAUUGAUUCGGGUUGCACCAGUCACAUGACUCCACGGGCAGAUUUGCUUGAUGAGGUAAAACCCCCUGGGAAGAUCAAGUAUGUGGCAGCAGCGUCAGGUGCUUUGCUCCCUGUCAUUGGUGUUGGGAAUGCCAAGGUUAAGGGAGCUAAUGGGGAGCUUGUGGGGCUUGGGAAUGUUCUGCUGGUUAAAGGCUUCACUACAGGACCAGCCAAGACCCCACUUGCACUUGUGCACAUGGAUGUGGUGGGGCCCACAAGAGCCCCUUCCCUCUCAGGCAGCCGCUAUUUCUUGACAAUUGUGGAUGACCACACUCGGGCAGUGUGGGUUUACCCUUUGAAGAGCAAGGGGGAGGUGGCAGCGGCUGUCCUUAAGGAGUGGAUGCCGAGAGCUCAGAGGGAAUGCGGACACAAGGUGAAGGUGAUCCGCAGUGACAAUGGUGGGGAGUUCAUUGGAGCUGAUUUUGAGGGGGAGUUGAAGAGGAAGGGGAUCCAGCAUCAACUGACAGUGCCCUACAACCCGCAGCAGAAUGGCGUGGCUGAGAGGUUCAACAGGACCCUGCAGGAGGGGGCACGCACUCUCCUUGGGCGUGCAGGGCUACCUGAUCCGUUUUGGGUGUCUGCACUGAGGCAGGUCGCCCUUGUGAAGAAUAGGGUGCUGGCUACAGUUGGGGAUAAGGAGUGGAUCCCAUAUACCAAGUGGUAUGGGAGUGCUCCAGCUGUGAAUAUGCUGAGGGCAUUUGGGUGCAUGGUAGUGUUUCAUGUGCCUAAGGAGAAAAGAGGGAAGUUGGAGGCUUCUGGAAGAUGGGGUGUGCACUUGGGGAUUGCAAAGGAUCACAAGGGAUGGCUGCUAUGGGACUUGACCACCCAGAAGCUGACAGUGUCAAGGGAUGUGAAGUUUCUUGAGUCCCUGUACUAUAAGGAAUGGAAGCAGCAGCAACAGAAGCUUCCAUCUACACCACUCAUUCUGGCCAAGAAUGCUUGUCUGCAUGGGCUGACAAAACACAUAAGGCCUAAGUGGCAUUGGGUGAGGAGAAUCCUUGAUAAGGAGGUGCGGCUGGAGAUAGUGAAGACCCAUCAGCAGGCAGCAGAUAUUUUCACUAAGCGUCUUGCGGAGGCGGAUCAUUGGAAGGGCAUGAAGCUUGCUGGGAUGAGUGUGCAUUGAGUAUGCAUGCUUGAGAUGUGGUAUGGUCGAUGAUGGU